GAUGGGUUUUCGCUGGGCGCUGGCUCUGGCCGCAGCUCAGUGCACGAGCUUAAGGCUGUGCUCUCAAGAGCUGGAAGAGAGGGCCAACUUGAUCUCGGACCUGCUGUCCAAGUAUUCCGGACCUUAUGUUUAUCAAGCAGGCCGUGAGCUUGUCAACCUUGCCUGCCGACGCAACUCAAGCCAGAUACCAGACGCCUGGCACAUGACGAGGUACGACCUCCCCCACCAGGUGUCAAGGAAACUCUGGCCAGGACCGAGGUCUCCUCCGAAGCACUGUGCCUUGUGCAGCCGAAGAGGAGGAGAUGGUCCUGUGCUCUACAUGACAGAGCGCACCGAUGGCCUGGGGUCCCGCGCCGCGCAGCUGCUACACGCGCUUGCCUUGACCUCGUUCCUCGAAAUCGACUUCGGAGGCAUUGUGCCGUCUUGGAACGAGGAGCCUCAUGGCGUUAAUGCUGCAAAAGCACUCAGCAAACUGCUGGGCCAUGAUUUCUCCGAGUUGCGAAUUGGCACAGACUCGGAGUUUGACGUUUGCUUCUAUAGCUUUCCAGACUUCCUGUCUGAGACUUUGCAGCACCGCUGCAUGAGAUGGCCAGAGCAUGCGAGCAUGAUGGUGGCCUCGUACGACUUCCUCCGGGCACUUCCCGUGGAGAACUGGGAGCCCGCCUUCCUGAAGCGACUCCGGCACCAGACGCCGCUUCGGCGCCAGGCGCUGCAGCACUUCGCCGGGCCGAGCCUCAAGGUUGUCCUGCACAUUCGGCGUGGAGACGUCGUUGGCCAUGGGAAUCCCAGGAACUUUCCGGAUGAAGUUUACUUUCACUUGGCGGAGCAGAUUCGGGAGGAUGUGCCUGAGGCCGAGAUCCACGUCUUCAGCACGACCAAGGAAGCAGCAGCACACGUGGAUUUCUCUGGCUACCAUGCCAGAGGCAUGAUCGUGCACCUUGACGGUGAUGAAGCGGACGACUGGGCACAUAUGGCGCAAGCGGAGAUCCUUGUCCUGGCUCCCAGCUCCUUCUCCUGGGUCGCGGGAGUCCUCAACGACAAGUGCGUGCUCGCAUUCAGAGGAACGGAGGCUUUGCCUGAGUGGAUCGUGCACACCGGCACCUUGCACAGAGAGGACCAUCUUCGGCUCAGACGAUGCCUAGACCGUCUCAGGGAAAGCUAA